AUGUCAACAAAUGAGCAUGAGUUAUUGAAUAUUGAGGUACAGACUUUUGUUCUCAAAGUACAUAUGAACUGUGAAGGGUGUAGGGCCAAAGUCAAGAAAGUACUUAGAAAAGUUGAAGGUGUCUAUGGAGUAGACAUUAAUGCAGAAGAGCAAGAAGUAAUAGUGACAGGCAUUGUGAACCCUUCAACUUUGGUCCAAAAGUUAGCCAAAUUGGGUAAACAUGCAGAAAUUUGGAAUGAAGAUUACAACCAAGAACUCAUAGAUGAUGAGAAUAAAGCCGAGGACAACAAUCAAGAAUAUAUAAUGAAUGAUACAAGUAAUUCCUUUGAAAAUCAGUAUAUGAUUCCAAACUUCUAUGGCCAAGAUAUUAAUCAACAUUUGGCAGCACCAACACCACCAUUGUUUUUUGAAAGUUUUAACAAUGGAGCAAAUGAAAAUGUUAUCAGAAUCAAUGAAUAUCCAAAAUGGCAGUGGCCUGUAAAUUUUCACUCUGGCUUAUGGAAUCAAGAAAGACCACAUAACAUCCUUGGAGUGUCAUCAACUAUUGGUGAUGGUGAAUAUGGUUAUCAACCAUCUCUUAGGCCUAACAAACAUGGAUACUACCAUGGUUAUUAA